CAUCCUCCAACAAUUUGAAUCAUGGGAACCUGUGUAUGCAUUGCACUUUGCUCUUGUUCGGAACAAUUACGAAGGAUUGGUGGGAGCUGGGAGAAGUGAUCAUCACAUCUGACUCGGAAACAGGAUAUAAGUUUUAAAGUUCACACGCUGUGUGGGGAGGAAAACGAGACAUAAAUGACAAAAGGACAAGCAAACGCCUUGGCUUUGCGUAAUGAUUUACCUGUCUCAGGUUACGGAGGUUAAUGCUUCAUGGAGGAUUCCACCAACCUGUGAUGAAAAGAUACAACCUAGCCAAUAGUUUUUCAUGUGGAUGUCUGCUUUUUAAUGCCUUUACCUGAGAAGACAGUUCAAAUUUGGCACAAUGGUAGUGAUAAUUGUGGACCCUGGACCUGCAGAUCAGCACCCUCUUCAGCAAAGUGGUUCUUGAAACUUUUUGAAGAAAUCACAACAUUUUACCUUAAAUGUGUUUCUUAAUAGUACAGCUCCAAAGCAUUAGAUAUUGAAAGACAGACACUGAAAAUGCAUGUAUUGAAAAUGCAUAAAGGCUAUGGGAUUCUAUUUUAUAAUCUGAUGAUUAGAUUUGUACUGCAUUCACAAGCCUCUUAUGCACUGGAUUGUACACCAAGAAAAACUAUAAAUUAUGAAGAUUCAAACUUGAAAACAUUUGCAGAACAAGGAAUCUCUAAUUAUUCAACAUUACUAUUAAGUGAGGAGCAUGGCCUGUUGUUAGUAGGAGCUAGAGAUGCCAUUUUCGCUCUCAACAUUGAAAAUAUUUCAAACUCCAUUUCACAAGUGAUGUGGACUGUCUCUGAGCAGAAACAGAAAGAAUGCAUGUACAAAGGAAAGUCACAAGAGAUUGAUUGCCGUAACUAUAUACGCAUUCUCCACUGGUUAAGUGAAACUAGAAUGUACGUUUGUGGAACAAAUGCAUUUCAACCAACAUGUGAUAGCUUGGUUAUUAACAAUGGCAAAAUCCACCUAGAAAAUAAUCCUGAAGAGAGUAAAGGAAAGUGUCCAUUUGACCCGACUCAGAAGUAUGCAUCCGUAAUGGUCGAUGGAGAAUUUUACUCUGCAACAGCAAAUAAUUUUCUUGGUUCUGAGCCCAUUCUACUCCGUAGCCUGAAAAACAAUCUGAGGACAGAGUACAAAACUUCAUGGCUAAAUGAGCCUAAUUUUAUACAUUUGGAUGUGGUUGAAGAGAGUAAAUCUGCUGCUGAUGGAGAUGAUGAUAAGAUCUACCUUUUCUUCAGUGAGACAGCUGUUGAGUUUGAAUUCUACAAUAAACUACUGGUUUCAAGAAUUGCCCGAGUAUGUAAGGGGGAUCUAGGUGGCCAGCGAACUCUUCAGAGGAAGUGGACCACCUUCCUGAAGGCCAGCCUGAUGUGUUCUGCUCCUGAGAUAAACUUUCCAUUUAAUAUUAUUCAAGAUGUCUUUAUGAUGAGGGCAACAAACUGGAGCGACAAUAUUUUCUAUGCAGUUUUUACUCCGCAGUGGGGGAAACAGGAUAUUUCUGCGGUUUGUGCCUUCAAAAUGUCAAAAAUUCAGGAGGUGUUCAAUGAAGGAAAAUUCAAGUCAGCUAUAACAGUAGAACAAUCUCGCGUCAAGUGGGUGAUGUACAGUGGAACAGUUCCUGUCCCUCGUCCAGGUGCCUGUAUCAACAAUGAUAUCCGUAAGAGUGGCAUCAAGACUUCUCUAGAUCUGCCAGACAAAACACUCCAGUUUGUUCGGGACCAUCCUUUAAUGGAUGAUUUAGUGACCCCCAUCAACAACCGACCUAAAUUAAUAAAGCAGGGUGUAAAAUACACCCAGAUAGCUGUAGACAGAGUUAUAGCAGCAAACCUCGAAGAAUAUGAUGUAAUAUUUCUGGGAACAGAUAGUGGAUACCUGCACAAAGCCCUUAGCUUGGAGAAGGAUAUGUUUAUUAUUGAAGAGGUGCAGCUGUUCCUUUCUGCAGAGCCUGUACAAAACUUACAGCUUUCUUCAAAAAGGGGUCAUUUGUAUGUUGGAUCCCCAUCACUGGUGGUCCAAGUGCCUGUUGCCAUUUGCACUAAACAUAUCACUUGUUGGGAUUGUGUACUGUCUAGAGACCCUUACUGUGGAUGGGAUAAAACUACAAGCCAAUGUAUUCACAUUUCAGAGAUUAAGUUUGACAUACAGAACUUAGUUCAGAAUAUAGAAAAUGGAGAUCCUUCAAAAUGUCCCAGUCAUGAAAUCUAUAAAGCUGAAAAGCAAAUUAUUAUUCCUGGAAACAAUAUGGUUUUGAAUUGUUAUCCUACAUCCAACUUGGCUCAAAUGCAGUGGCUACACAAAAAAAGAGAAAUUCCAAUAACAGAUCCAAGAUAUCUCCACUUCAGUGAUGGAUUAUUAAUAUUUAAUGUUUCUACGGAAAAUGAAGGACAGUAUGACUGCCUUUCUGUUGAAACAGUGGCUGGGAAGCAAUUUUCACAAGUCGCAGCAAGCUAUUUUCUGCAGUUAUCUACAUCUAAACAUGGAAUAGAUCAACAUCCAUUUCCAACAAAGGCGCAUUUUGGUGUGCCUACCUUACCAGACAAUACUGGUCGCAAGGCUGCCUUGCCAAUGAUACAGAAUUACCUUCAAACUGAAUUGACAUUGAAAGGUUUCCUGGUACUCUUUAUCAUGAUGUUCAUACUUCUUCUUGCAUGGAAUAUUUAUAAAGGUCAUGUGCCAAUACCACUGCGGCCAUCUGGAAAUGAAAAUGUAAGAAGAACAUCAGCUAUUAUUUUGAACAACUCAGUGCAGGAGGUGGAGGAGAAAAUAUCACUUUCAGAGGGCCCUCAAUUAAAGGGUGCACUGAGCAAUGUUGACCUCCCACUUACAAGUACUGCCAAUGCAGAUCCACUUGAGAAGAACAGCAACAAUAAUUCUAUACUACUAGAGAAUGCAAACUCCAGCUGUGCUAGACCAUUGCUUGUUCUUGACGAAUUGGAAUACAUUGAUGCUGAUCAGACUGAAUCAAACGCAUAAGCCUAAGGAAAUUACAUUAAUUCUUUGAGAAAUGCACGUCAUGAAUAUUGGGUAAUGUAAUGUUGCAUUUUCUACCUCCCACAUGCCCCAAUCUUCCACGUUCCUAUUCUUAUGAAUGAGGCUCUAUAUCUGGACGAAUGUAAAUGUGGAAGAAUAAGCCAUAUUAUGUAUUCAGUAAUAUACUGUACCCCUCUGUGUCCCACAAAAGAUUACAUAUGUUGUGCAUAUUUCACCUCAGGAAAAAAAAUAUUUUUUUCUUUGGUCUAUGCAUUUUUUUUAUAAACCCAACUGAAAAGAGCACUGGGUUUUGAACAGAUACUGUAGGUACUAUUGGGUUAGCUCAGUGUUCAUGUACUCAACAUGCUUGCUUAAAAGCACUGUGAAUUGCAAUUUCAUUGUCACUGUGAAGAAUACACCUUUGUCGCCUUAAUUUUCAUGCACAAGUGGUGAGUUUAGCUGAUCCCUGGGAGAAGGAAAUCACUGAAUUUCUCCUUUGUGUGUUUUAUGCAAAUACAUGUUCUGACAAUUGGAUCUGUUUUUCUCUCAUUUGUGCCCUUCCAUGAAGUAUUGAAAUGUGUGAUUAACACUUAAUGUCCAUUUUAUCACAGGGAAUACACAUUUGACAAACUUUUAGUUUAAUUAUUCGCAAUGGCACAAAUUAUUUUAAUGCAGGAAAUAAGAAAUGUUAAGAACAGGGGAAAACCACUGUCCAACAAACUUGCUAGUUCAACCCUCGUAUCAUAUCUAUCAAUCCCUUCCCUUGAAUAAUACUUUUAAUGAAAUUGUGCUCCCUUUGUCUUUAUUCUAUCUUUCGAUCUUUGGUAGUGAGCCAAUCACAUCUUGAAAAUGAUUGAAUUUCUGAACAAAACCACCAGACAAACCCCACAUUUCCUUGAUCCAGUUAGACGGAGUUCAUCUUGAGUUAAACCGGGUAAAAUGUCCAAGGAUUUAUGUAGUUUUAGCUAAGUCAUCAGUUAAAAAUGGUUGCUCCCAAAUCUUUCUUUGCACUUUAGUCCCAUGCUCUUGAUCUUUAGAUACAGAGUUCAGAGGAACCUAUUUAUGAGAUUGCUCCUGAAAAGGACAGAGUGGGAUGUAGAGGUCCAGUAAGUGGUUGUUGAGGAAUUUCUCUAUCUUGACUACCUGCUCCUUUUCCAAGGUUAUGUUUGAGCAUGGAUCGCAAAGAAGGAGGACCUUCUGUGAUUAGUGGAGUGCAUCCUUGUUAUUGAGAAUAACAUUUAAUUUUUUUAAGCCAGCAGCCAGACUUGUACAAUUCAGUCACAUUUGCACAUUGUUGGAAAGGUGGUGGAUGAGCUAUAGUCUUUGUUCCUGUUUGCUUUGCAGAGAUUCCUAAGUCCAGUAGGAACUGGUUCCAGUCCAGUAAGCCUACUGAUUCCAAUGCAGACAAAAUUCAAAUUUUGUAGAUAUUUCAUAGCAUCCAAGCCUCUUUUGAGGAUAUAGAAAUAAUAUAUGAUUUUUAGAGUUUCCUUAAGAUUCAUUGUUCAAAAUGUUAAACAAAAAAAAAGGAUAAUUUUGGCCAUCUUAUCGAUGCAUCUGUCUUUUGGGCAGAGAAUUGACACAUGAGGUAUGACUUUGAGGUAUUUUUGCAACUUGAGGUGAAAUUAAAAUAUUUAAUUUUCAGGAUUUGGUAAAAUAUAGUAAAAGUGACUUAAAUAUAUUUAAGUGAUUCUAGACUACACAAGAAUAAUCAAAGCUGCCGAGAUUCCAUUCUUGAUUGCAUGCAUCCAGUUGCAGACCCUAAUUCAUCAGUUAACUCAGUUGAAUGGUAAAUUACAGGAACGGUGUCAUGAAUCCAUAAUCUUGCAUAAGUUAGACUAUCUGUGGAGAAAUAAUGAGGCAGAAAAAUGUUCAUGGAGAACAGUUUCAUCGACGGUGAGAUGCAAAUCUAAGUGGCUGAACAGCUUCUCAAUUCUAAUAAAUCAUAAAAUAAAUAUUUUGAAAAGUUGCAACUAUUCUAAAUGUUAGUGUUUAGUACUACAGUGGAUGUGAUAAACCAUUAAGUGUUGCUGGUUUCCUGAUUCUAUAGAAAUCCUAUGGAGUUAUUUACCCGAACACAAUUCAUUCACCGAGUUAUGCAAUAAGAAAACAUGCGUUUUGACCCAACUCUUCCAUGCUGACCAAAAUUGCCUAUCUACGUUAAUUCCAUUUACCAGUGUUUAGCCCAUAUUCCUUUAAACUUCGCCUAUUCAUGUACCUGACCAAAUGUCUUUUAAAAGUUGUAAUUGUACCUGCCUAUACCACAACGUCUUACGGCUCAUUCCAUAUACCCACUAUUCUUUGUGUGGAAAAUGUUGCCCUUUAAAUCCCCUUAAAACUUCCCCCUUUCAUUUUAAACCUAUGGUCUUAUUUUGGACACCCAUACCCUGGGAAAAAGACCUGACUAUCUACCCUAUCUAUGUCCCUCAUAAUUUUAUAAACAUUCGAAAGGUCACCCCUCAACCUCCUUUUCUCCAGAGAAAGUAAUCCUAGCUAUCCAAUUUCUUUUUAUUACUCAGGCAAUGAUCUAUUGAACUUUUUCUGCAUCCUUGUCGGGUUAAUUGCAUCCUUUCUAAACUGUGGCAGCCAUAACUGCACAUAAUCCUCCAAGUGCAAUCUUGCCAAUGAGUUGUAUAACUAUAACAUUAUAUUUUACAUCUUUACUACUCUGUCCACCUCUGUUUCUGCUUUCAGGGAACUAUGUACUAUAUCCCAAGGACUUUCUGAUCAGUCACACUUUCCUGGGUCCAGAUGUAUACCUAGUUUAACUUUGCACUUGGCUGAGUAAAUUCCAUCAGCCAUUUCAAUGCCCACUUUCCCAGUUGGUCUAGAUCAUAUUGUAACCUUACACAACUUUCUUAACUGUCCACGAUAGCAUCAAUAUGUAGUUACUGAUCAUCUACCUACAUUUCCUUCUCUGCAGCGCACCAUGUUAAUACUCCUCAAGGAACCUGUUUGACCCCCCUUGACCUGUGACUUUUUUUUCCUGACCAGAGCCUUAAUAUCCCUAUCUGCUAGGGUUUUCUUAUCCUGCCAAUUUUGCCGUUCACUAACAGGAGCCUGCUGACCCUGAACUCUGACCCUGUCUCGCGUGUAGAAGCUACCCACUUGCCAGACAUUCCUUUUUGCCUGCUAACAGACUGUUCCAAUGAACCAUUGCAAGUUCCUCUCUUAAUGCCAUCAAAAUUAGCUUUGCCCCAAUUGAGAACAUUUAACUUGUGGACCAGUCCUAUCUUUAAUGAUCUUGAAAUGAACAGAAUUAUGGUAACUUAUCCCAAAGUGCUCCCCAACUCACACAUCAGCCACUAACCCAGCCAUGUUUCCUAACAGCAGGUCAAAUGUAGCCGCUUCUCUGAUAGGGACAUCUACAUGUUGUUUCAGGAAACAUUUCUGGGUAUACUUAACAAAUGUUGCCCGAAUCCCUUAGUGCUCCUUCAGAAUUCAACAUUAGGGACAUUACAAUCACCUAUUAUUUAUAACCUUAUUAUUUCUACACCUAUCUGUGAUUUCCUCACAUAUUUCCUCCUCCAAUUCUUGUCGAAUAGUGGAGGGCCAAAAGUAUAAUACCAUAAUAUAAUAGUGAUCUCCCUUUUUUUUGUUUCCGAGUUCCAUAUGGCCUCGCUGGGCAUUUCCCUCCAGGAUAUCCUCUCUAAAUGCUGUUAUAAUGUUCUCCCUAAUCAUUAGUGCAACUCAUCCUCCUUUCUUACCACUAUUGCGCUGGAAACAGCUGUAUCUUGGAGCAUCGUGCUGCCAAUCCCGCCCAUCCCCCAGCCAUGUUUCCAUAUUGGCUAUAAUUAAAAAAUCCCAUGCGGUGAUUUGUGUGCUGAGUUCAUUUGCCAUACCAAUCAGGCUGCUUGAGUAAAAUAAAUGUUCAGAUAAUCAUACUUUCUUUGUUCCAUGUCCUGGCCUUGCACACUUUAAGCUCAAUAUUUGCUUCAUUUCUCUCCUCUGAUACUACUCCUUUAUGUCCUACCCCUGUCAUCGUCCCCCCACCCCCCUUUCCCAAAAUACCCUGCCAGACUAGUGUGUGGCACAGGGAAUAAUCUUGAAAGUAUGAUCAUGAAGGCUCUGUUUUUUAACUCACUGCCUAGCCCCCAACAUUUACUUUUGACUAUUGGUGUCUUUCAAUUCAGUUAUUUCAAUCCAUUGUGGUCUUCACACUUUCCUAUCACCAAAAUCACCAGCCACUUGCAUAUCUUCAUCAGCUUCGCUUCAAACCGAAAAAUACUCUCCCUAAAUAAUUGUCUAGCUCUCUCUUCCUUUCACAUGAAUAUUGAAACCUAGCUAUUGUUGAAACUUUAGUUCUGUGUCCUGAUUUCAGUGUCAAGAUUUGUUUGCUAUUCCAGUUGAGCCGAUUGGAUUUGCGUUCAAAUGGAAGUUGCUUUAUUGUGGUCGGUCCUGCAAAGCAGUCUUGAAAAUGCAUUGCAACAUGUUUAUAUUGAAAAUGUAACUUUUCCUUUGCUUUUUCUUGAAGGAGGAUUUAUUGAUUGUUACUAAAUUCACAUUCAAUGUGCAUAUUUUGGCUGUAAAUGCAGCGCUGCUUUUCACUCUAUCGGAUGAUAUCACAUAAAAUCCUUAUUGUACAGCCAAAUUUAUAUUUUUAUACAUGUAAAUGUUGAUGAUUUGGUAAGCUUAUAUCGUGUACAUAGAUAUGAGAACUCUUUCAAGUGCCAAUUCAGCUAUGCAUCCUGUAACAUCAUCGAAGGGCAAUAUUUGUCAAAUGCCAUCAAUAUUUUUGAAAGGUGAAAAUUAUAUUUCCCAGUGAAAAUUUAUGAUCCUGUAGAUCUGUGGGACACUAUAAUCAUCUUGGUUAAAUAUGAUAUUUAGAUUCUGCGCUUGCUGAUAUGUUUUACAAUUAAUAUUAGGUGUUAUUUGUGACACUCCACUCGCUCCCAACUCUGCUAUCAUUCUCUGUAAAUCUGCUGUUCCAUGCUUUUUAUUGGCCUUCAUUUUUUGGCAUACCAUAUUGUAGGGUGUGAACAAAGCUUGCAAAUAGUGUCCUACAUAAUAAAAAGAUGUAGGAAGUAGAGUAGGAGGAAACCCAAGUAUUCAAUGUGCAGAGAGCAGGGAAUUAACAACUUAAAGACUUUUGACCCAGAGUAUGUUUUUUUUUAUCUUUUCUCUUCCUGUGAGGAAGUGUCUAGCCUGCAGUCUGUCACUGGUCUCACAAGCAUAAUUAAAUCAGGACUGGAACUUAUAAUAUCAGCCACAGCCGUAAUGUUCUAUUUGCCAUGGUCAAGGAGCUGUUGUGCUACGUACUUCGGCUCUCAUGACCCAGUGAAUUAUGUUAUAACCUUGCUCAAAUAGGUUUUUUGCAACUUGUUUACAUCACAUCUUUUUCUGUAAUGAUGAGUGAGAAGAAAUUCAAUGCUGUUAAGUUGAGGGGCAUAAUGCGUCCUUUUAUAAAUAAAAAAUGUGAGUAAUGGGGGCCAUUGUGACAAUCGCCGCAAGAUAAAGACUGCAGGCAAGAUAGAGUUCUUGUGGUUUGCCUUAACAAGUGGAAGAAGAGCAGAAAACUAGCAAUGCAUGUUGUUAACAUUACUGGGAUAGAAUCCUGAUAAAACCAAGUCAUAUUAUGAGAUAGGUCUUAUUACAGGUUUUCCUUCUGAAUAUGUAUUGGAUUAAUAACAUUUACGUAGUUUAUAUAUAUUUUUAAUCUAAUUCACAUGCAUGGGCCUAUCAUGAAAAUUAUAAACACCAUAAUUUGGGCCUACACCCAAUCCUGUGAAAACACAUCCUCAUAAAACAAUAGCUCCAUGCAGUAAAUAGAUAGUGAAACAUUAAACUAAUAUAUCACUAUCUAUUUAUUGCAGGGAGCUAUUGUUUUAAGGGGCUCAAAAUAACCAUUAAUUUCUGUCCACAAAACAUUUACAAAAUCUUUUGGCUUCAUAUGCAAAUAUAACAAUGUAACUGAAUACCAGGUAAUCCAAAACUUCAGGACUACCGUCUAGCUCUGCAUCUUCAUGGCCAGCAAAGCAAUGGAAAAUCAGAACAAGGCUAAAUUUGACUAUAAUGUCCUUUUUGGUCAAUGGAACAAAAGCACAUAAGAGAAAUGAUUAUUUUGAUGAAGCAGCACAAUGGGGCUGUGCUUAUGGGAAAGUAUCCCAGCAGGAAUCUGUAUUCAGGAGCAAAUGGAUAGAGGGAAAACUGGUUUGGAAAAGAUAAUGUUAUAGAUGUCAGCCUUAUGUAAUACCCAGGGGAAGAAAAUAGUCUGCAAAGAACAAUCUAAUGUACAUGAGCGUGAGAUAAUCACAAUGAAAAUUGGCCCAAGAGUUAGCCUAAUUGUCCCAACUCUUCCAGUCUGGCUUUCUGUGAAAAACCAUUUGAAUUAUUUUCAAAUUGUACAGCUCUGCUUUGUAAAUACUGUAAUCAAAAAGUUACCCAUUUUCAAAUUAGCGUUUUUCAAUGUGCAAGCAAUUCUUGUAUGAAAAGUGGAUUUAAACAAAAAAAUCAUAUGAUUUUUGUUGUGUUAAAGUCUGCAAAGAUGGUGGCUGCCUUUUAAAACAACUACCUGUACUGCAAAAAACAAAUAUUUCUAAAGAAUAUUUUAAAAUGAAACAUUUUUGGAACAAAAUCUUCUUGUUGAUGAAGAGAUGCUACAUCAACAUCUUGUUAUAAAUCUUACACAUGUCCAAUGACAAUCUUUACUGAAUGCUAUUUUCUAAUUCAAAGCCUUGUUUUAUUUGGGGUAUUCCAACAAACACAAUUUCAGUAAUUUUUUUGUACAAUGUAAUUAAAUUAGAUUUUAAAAUUUAAUCUUAUGCCAGAUGUGUUUCUUUUUUGUACCCCUUUCAAGCAUAAGAACAUACUGGAAGCAAUAAUAGGCUGUUGGGUUCAGCACAUCCGCUCCUCUAUUAAAGCAGAUCAUGGUUAAUCUGUUCUGCUUUCCAGCAUUAACUCUGUAUCUAUUGAUUCCUUUAAUAUCCAACAAUCUAUUGAUCUUUGUUAAAAAUAUAAUUGGUGACUGAACCUCAAAGCUUCUUGAGAUAAUUCACAUAUUCUGGAUAAAUACAUUUAUUUUGAUAUCUGUUCUGCCCAGACCAAUCAGGAAAAACUUUGAAUCUGCAUACACACUGUCAGGCCACCUUAAUAUUUUGUAUUUUUCAAUAAAAAUCACCUAUUCCAAAUGCACAAGAAUAUAGCUUCAGACACAUGGCAAACUAAUUCCAUUGCUAAUAUUCUUUUGUAGGAUCACCAGACCAGUAAAUAAUACUCCAGCUGCAGUGUCAGCAGGGCCCUAUAUAAUUGGAGCAAAAUUUAUUUCACUUGUGUUCAAUUCGUUUUGCAAUAAAGAUCAACAUACUAUUACCUUCUUAAUUGACUCAUUGUACAAAAGCGUUAAUAGCACUACUCGUUAUUUUAGUUGUGAUCUGUUUUCCCUGCUUCAGUUAUGCUGAAAUCUAUUGAUACACUGUCAAAUUAGCAGGUGGACACAAAAUGCUGGAGUAACUCAGCGGGACAGGCAGCAUUUCUGGAGAGAAGGAAUGGGUGACGUUUCGGGUCAAGCCCCUUCUUCAGCAAAUUAGCAGAUUGUUUCAUAGAUUUACAGUAAUUGUUGCAAUGUAUACUUUCCAAGAAACGAAACACUAAAGUGAUCCUGAGCGCCUUAGAUUUCAAGCCAUGGUGCAGUUUUAAGUGUUGCACCAGUAGAGUCAUGAUGAAAAAUCUUAAUUGUUAUGUUAAAUUGUAAAGUCUUUCAGAAUCCCACUCCUGAAUUGUGUCUAUGGAUCCCUUCCGGAGAGGGAGAAUAAUGUGAGCGUGUGUUAAGUGCGUCAUGUGAACAGAUUUGGAUUUAAUUGUGAUGCCACCAUUUUUGUGAAAAAUAAGUAAUUGACUUGUUAUUUAGGCUGCAUUGUAAAGAAUGACAGCUCGGGCGAGGGAGUCAGUGCCUUAAUCUUUUUUUAAAUUGCUGUGUAGGCUUAAUAUGAAUCAGCAAUGACUUCAAUAAUGUGAACUAAACUGGGAAGAGGAAAUCAAUGGGUUGCCUUGGUUAUUAUUGCUUUCACAAAACAGUUUUCAUCAAAUAACACCAGCAUCAGUAUAUUUUAAUUCAGUGGAAAUAUUCAUACGUGAGCUCUGUUGCUAAUUAUGCCUCUUGUAUCUGAACAAAAUACCAAGUAAUAAUCCAGAUACCUGCAUUAGGAAGAGCACAGAUAAAAUAAAAUUAGCAGUGGAAAAUAUUGAUUUUGAAAAAUAGUGGCUUUCUUUACUGGUUUAAUGGACACAUUUUACAAUUUCCCAUAUCCUUGCGAAAAUAAUCUGCCCCACAUUAUUGCAAAAAAAUACAUGAGUGGUAUUGCACAGACUUUGCGGACAAAAGGGCCUGUUCUUGUGCUGUACUGUUCUUUAUUCUAAAAUUAAGAAGAAUGAAAACUACAUUUACCUCAUAGCACCUUUCAUGAUCUCCAAGUACCAAAGGGCUUUCACUAAAUUACACCGUAAAAUGUAGUUCUUAUUGUUGGGAAGAUGCCAAUCCUUAUGUGCCCAGAAGCAUGAGAUAUUAACCAAAUAAUCGAUUUUAGAAGGCGAUUAAAGAAUAUUAUUGGCCGGGGCACUGGGGAGAGAAUUCCUUUGACUUGAAUUGUGUAAUAAAACAUUUUGUGUCCACAUGAGAUGACCUCCAUAUAAUGUUUCAUCCCAAAGCUUGUUCAACAGCCCCUCAAGACGUAUGCGAGCUUGGAUUGUGUGUUCAAGUCUUGGACCAGUACUUGAAGAAUUCACAGGUGAAACUCCAGUUGAUUCCAUAUUGGGGUGAGCAAUAUGGGGGUAAAUUGAUACUGUAGAAAAAUUGUGCAAGAAGUAACGAUACUUCUAGACCAUUGGGUUUAACACAUCAUGGCCACUGAGGAAUUUUAAAUUAAGUAGUUGAAGUUAAGGAAAAGCUAGCAUAAUAUGAUUUCUGCAUCUGACACACAUCCAACUAUGUCAAUAAAAUGCUCUCUUUAAAGCAGCAUAAUGGAAAUUAAUUAUCCUAAUACCCCUACCUACAUCUCUGGCAUUCAUCUUACUCCAGAACUUGACUUCUGCAUGUCUGUUUCAGGAAAUUGGUAUAGGAUACGUGAGCAGUGUGUCCAGCCCAAAUGAGUCAACUGAGUGUAAUAAGGGCCUCAAUACUGGGAUAAUUGAUGUUGGAAAGAACAUGGGCUGAUUCAUAUAAACUCCUUUAGAGUCUAGGAAACGAGGGGUGAUUUUAUUGAAACAUUCAAGAUCUUUAGUGGGCAUCACAGGGUAGAUGUUGAUGUGUUUCCACUAAUGGGAGAAACGUGAAUGAGAGAACGAUAGUUAUUUAAAACUGAAGUGAGAUGUUAGGGGUAUUCUGAAAGGAAGUAGAUGAUUUUUAUAAUAUCGGAGAAUUGAGAGUCAUGGCAAACUGGCACGGAAGAGGAGAUAACAUUUGGGGCUGAUCAACCCUAAUCAUAUUGAAUAGCGGGCCAGGCAUGGGGGGCUGAGUGGCCCAUUCCUGCUUCUCUUUCCUUAUGUUCCUCUAGUGGAUAUGGAGGAUUUUGGAAAGACAGUGUGAUGGGAUCUCUCCAGGACUUUGAUGUGCUUGUUGCAGGUAGACAAGCAUCAGAACCAAAUAGAUCAGGCAUCAUUGCUGCCUGGCAGAGUUGUAUGCUGGGUUUAAGGUCUUGGUCUUCAAAGACACUUUUCGUCAGUCAGUGAAAUGCUAUGUUAGUACUAUGAUUUUAAUCAUAGAUGUCUGCCUUUGCCGAGAGGUAGCUCCUGAAAUAUGGAAUGUGUUGUCCAAGGCUUUUCUAUGAGUCUUUGUUGUCGGUAGACAGUAGUGCAAUGGGGGCAGGUGGAGGACCUCUGUUUUGCACAAGUUGGCUGGAUAUGUUUCUGUGAAUUAAUCAAUGAUAACUUGAAAAAGCACCUCCUCAUUGUACCUAUCCAAAUGUUUCUUGAGCGUUGUGAUAGUAACUGCCUCGAUUACCUCCUCCGGCAGCUCGUUCCAUACACCUACCACCUUUUGGGUAAAAAAAGUUGCCCCUCAGAUUUCCAUUAAAUCUUUCCCCCCCUCACCUAUCAUAUGUGUAAAGCAAUGGUAUCCAAUUGCAAAUUGUCUCUUCAAUGCUCAUUUUUUUGCCUGCCUCACAUAAACGGCCAACAAGUCCUCGCUGACCAUCGAUCAGCCAUUUAUCUGAGUAGCACAAGACUCAGAUGUGUCUGCAAUGUACAAUACUGAUCUGUCGGAGUGAACCACUUGCCCCACAGUAGCCUUGAUCAACUGGCAAUCCCUGCGGACGGAAUCUUAUAUUGACAUUUAGCAAUAGAUAGGGCACUUAUUUUAAUAUUUUCCCUCUCCAACUUGUAGAUGAGGAUGAUGAUGUCCUUCUUCAUAAAUACUGCAUCGAUCUCCCUAUACUCGCCCACCAACACCCUCUGACAACCAGGAUUCUUAAUAAAACCUCUUGCACUAAACAAUAAAACAAAAUUAAAUGUUCUUAAUUGUCUUUCAAUCCAGGGUCUCAUCCAAUCGAUGACACUUUCAACAUCAUACCUAC